AUGGCCAACUUCCUCGCCUCCAUCUUCGGCACCGAGCAAGACAAAGUCAACUGCUCCUUCUACUACAAGAUCGGCGCCUGCCGGCACGGCGACCGGUGCUCCCGCAAACACGUGAAACCUUCUUACUCGCAAACGAUCCUGAUGCCGAACCUGUACCACAACCCGGCCUUCGACCCCAAGAACCGGAUGAACGCGUCGCAGCUGCAGAACCACUUCGACGCCUUCUACGAGGACAUCUGGUGCGAGAUGUGCAAGUACGGCGAGCUCGAGGAGCUGGUGGUCUGCGACAACAACAACGACCACCUGAUCGGCAACGUGUACGCGCGCUUCAAGUACGAGGACUCGGCGCAGAAGGCUUGUGAUGAUCUGAACUCUCGCUGGUACGCUGCCAGGCCGAUUUACUGCGAACUGAGUCCUGUGACGGAUUUCCGCGAGGCUUGUUGCCGCUUGAAUAGCGGCGAGGGCUGUGUCAGGGGCGGGUUCUGUAAUUUCAUACAUCGCAAGAACCCCAGCCCGGAGCUGGAGAGGGAGCUCGAGCUUAGCACCAAGAAGUGGCUCAAGAUGAGGCCGCGGAGCCGCAGCCCGACGCGCUCGCCUAGCCCGGAGCCGACUAGGAGACGGUAUUAG